GUGUAAUACAGUCACUGAAUCUCUACUGAACAAUGUCGAUCAUCUCUUUUGUUUUAAUAUUUACCUUCAGCUACUGUGAAGCUAAUGUGAAUCCCAUCAGACCAGACAACUCAUCUGUGUUUAUAACUGAAGGACACAACAUCACUCUGUCCUGUAAAUAUGAUGGAUCAGCUAUCAGUCUUCACUGGUACCGGCAGACGUCUGGAUCAACACCAGAGUUUCUAGUGCUUAUUAUUGAGUUUUCUCAAACUGUUAUACCUGCCACUCCACCUCAAGCACAUAUGAGCAUCAGACUUCAUGAUAAACAAGUGUAUCUGGAGAUCUCCUCUGUUAAAGUCACAGACUCUGCUCUGUAUUACUGCGCCCUGCAGCCCACAGUGACACAAAACACAACAACACUAUACAAAAACCACAUCUACUCUUGAUUGUAACUUAAUGCAUUCGUAAUAUUUUUAAGGAGAACCACCUUUCUC